CAGCGUACGUAUUUAAAAACGUGAAAUUAUUUAUUAAUAUUGUAAUUAUUUACAUAGUUUUAGUGAUAAUUAGAAAAUUCACGUCAUAUUUAAGUGCUCAAAUGUCAAACACAAGAAGCAAACUAUCGACGACAGAAAACAAUGGCCUAACGUUCCAGAUCUUAAGUAAAUAAAUAAUAGAUAGAUAGAUUUUUAAUUAUACCAUAUUUCGCCGAAGAUUUUUACAGAUGAGUAUUGUUUUCAUUAUCUUAAGCCUAGUAAUUAGUUUAUUAGUCCAUAUUGCAAAGAAUUACUCAUUGUCAUACUCCUUUACUGCUUACUUUAUAAUUAUGUUUUUUGAGGAGAAACUUGAUUGAAACAUAAGUAAAUCACUUUAAAACAAUAAAGUCAUACCCUGUGGUAAUCAGUUAACUUGCAAAACAGUGAAUUUUAAAGUUCCUUUAUUUUAUGAUAUUUUUACUGAGUUCUUAAGUAAAAUCUAGAAUCACAGAUUUCAUCAUUUUAGUUACUAUAUUCUGUUAGAAGCAUUACACAUUAUUAAAUUUCCUUGUUGAUAUCUUUCAGCAACAACCACUAAAAUGACUACACGCAGGGACAUUCUAGUGGCUAAAGUGCAGCAACUACAGCUCUACCUCAAAACAGCCAAUGAUUGGAAUACAAAACUCCUUCGAGAACAGGAAGAACGUGAGCAGAAAAGGAAAUCGAGUCUGUUAUGUGAACAAAUACAAGUUUCAAAGCUCAGCUUGCAAAUCAGGAUGUUAAAGGACAGCAAGAUGAAUUACCACCACCUUCAACAGAUUCCAGCAGUGUAAUGUCAGGAGAUACACGAGCAGGAGCUGUGCUGCAACGCAUCCAUGACCUGUAACAGCAGCUGGAGGAGUUGGGAGCAAAAAUGACUUUACCGACCGAGCAACGGGUACCCGCUGGAGUCACUGCGGCCUACGACGCGCCGCUGUUCGCUAAGAGCCUCUCCCUCGCCCCGAGACCGCUGUCCGCCCCGUGGGCCCCUCGCCACCGUCGCCGCCGAGUCGAAGAGAGGAGGGCCCACAGGCGUGCUCCUCGGAGCCGGCCCCGUCAAAUCGGCUCUGGCGCUGCUGACGUACGUCAAGCCCUUUGCUUCGCGGCGGCCCGUCGGGUCACCGCCACCAUCGCCGCCUCGCCGGCCCUGUCGCCACCGCGCAGCCACGUCGCAGCCGUGACACGCACCAUGCCGUGCGCCCGCGCCCGCACCCGCACCGCCGCCGUGCUGUACAUCGACGAGGCCGGCGCCGGGCUGGACGCGCGUCGUUCCGUUUUGCCGUGAAAGACGGACAAACAAACAGACACACUUUCCUAUUUAUAAUAUUAGUAUGGAUAGUUAGUACUAAUAUGACAUUUAGAGACUUAUAGAAAGAAGAUCAUCUCUAAUUAUAUUUGUUGUCAAUAUUUCUAUUAAUUUAAAAAGUGUCUUUAAACCGAAUUUAUUUGCGUCCUAUUUUCUGAAUAAAUGAUUUUGUAAUUUGUUUUGGUGUAUUUUCAUAAUGGGCCCGUGAGGGCAGCUACUAGAUGAAUUCGCAUGGAAGCAUUGUAUUAGCAGCCCCUACUGGUAUCAGAAAAAAAUGCCUCUGUCAUACAAGGGCGGAUCUAGCAUUUCGUAUCCGGGGCGGAGGGGGGUCACGUGGCCAAUUUGUAUGGCCCACCUCCCACCUAAGCUCCAAGAGGGUCCUGAGCCCCAGACCACGCUCCCCAGGUUAUUAGAAUAAUGACACUCACGGUAUGUCGA